AUGCGAUCGCGCCGCAACAUCUCCCUGGUAUGCUGCCACUGCGAAGGCGAAGUCGGCGACGUGAUCGUCGGCGGGGUGCUCGACCUUCCCGCGCCAACGAUGCACGCCAAACUCGUGCGCUUCAUGGCCGAGCACGACGACCUGCGCCGGCUGAUCCUCCACGAGCCCCGGGGUCGCCUCGAGAUGAGCGUGAACCUAGUCCUCCCACCGUGCGACCCGCCCGCCGACGCCGGCUUCCUGAUCAUGGCCCCGGGCGACUGGGUCCCCAUGUCCGGGUCGAACACCAUCUGCACCACCACCGUCCUUCUUGAGACCGGGAUGAUCCCGAUGCAAGAACCCACAACUGAGGUGAAGCUCGACACAGCGGCCGGGCUGGUUACGGCCACGGCUGAGUGCUACGAGGGCCGGUGCAAGUCCGUCUCCUUCGACAAUGUGCCUGCGUUUGUGUACGCGCUCGACAUGGAAGUCUCGAUUCCGGACAUAGGAAGUGUUCGGGUGGAUAUUGCAUACGGGGGCCAGUGGUACGUGAUCGCCCAGGCGAAGGAUAUGGGAACUGUACAGGUUCGGACGGCCGAGAAAGACCGGCUAGUCGAGUUGGGUCAGCAGCUGAAGGCGGCGGUGCUGGCGCAAUGUAUGCCCACGCACCCUGCGAACCCGGCUAUCCGGGGCAUCAAUAAUGUGAUCAUCAGUGAGCCGCUUGUUGAGCGGGAUGGUGGGCUUUCGGUGAGGCAUACGGUCAUUGUGACGCCGGGGAGGCUAGAUCGGAGUCCCUGCGGGACGGGAAGCUCCUCGCGUCUGGCAGUGCUCCACGCACGGGGACAGGUACAAGUUGGGGGGGAAGUGACCUUCCGCAGUAUCAUCGAGACCGAAUUCGUUGGUAUCAUACGCGGGGUGCAGAAAGUCGGGGAUAUUGAUGCGGUGCUACCGACGAUACGGGGCAGAGCGUGGAUUACAGGCGAGCGUCAGGUGCGGUUAGAUCCUGAUGAUCCAUUCCAAACCGGGUUCUUGAUUUGA